AUGGCACCAAGUAGCAAUGACGAGAAGAUAUCACCACUGCCACCAGAAGGAGCAAUGACACAACAACGAAGACAACAAACAACGCCCAUUGCUCAACCUGUGCCACGGUCUAAACCAAUAGCAGUACCGUCAUCAUUAUGGCCACGCAACCAGCACGUGGGAGAAGGACAGUCGCCUAGCAGCUUUGAGCUACUGCAACAGCAUGUAGACCACUUGACCCAGCAACGGAACAACUGUGAAGGAAAAACAAAGACUAGCAGUUGGCUUAGCAGCGACGACAGUAGCAGUAGUGACAACGACGACAAUAACGACAUCAAAGACAGCGAAAGAGGGGAAGAAGACUCAGUGGAAUGCACAAUCACACCAAGACCAGACGACCACCCGUCGAAAAGCAUCCUAAUCCAUCGUCGGCCGAGCAGCUUGCCAACUUCUUGUGCUGCUACGCAGCCACGCGGAAUGCCAUUACUCGAUGCUACCACGAUCCCCCGGCCUCAAACUGUGCACUUCUCAAAUGACCCACCCCAAGUCCACCGUUACCCACCUUCUCAACAGCAGCAAGAUAAUCCUUCCGUAGAAAAAGCAAACUUGUUCCUGCCUUGGCCGGAUGAUGUGGACGAGGAUUACAGAGCCAAGCAGCAGGAACAAGAGCGAGCGAAGCAAGAAGAGCUGGCUAAAAUAAAUGACGCGUGGAAAUGA